AUGAAUCAAGAACCUUAUUUGGAUCAAUGGCAGACGAACGGAAGCAUGGAAGAUGAUGAUAUGGGUAUGCCAUCGGGAAAAUAUGCUCGCAUGGAAGGAGAUGAAAUGGGAGAAAACAAAGAGAGGUUCGCUCGAGAAAAUCAUAGCGAGAUAGAACGAAGGAGAAGGAAUAAGAUGACUCAUUAUAUUAAUGAGUUGGCCGAAAUGGUUCCUCAAUGCGCUGCCCUGGGUAGAAAGCCCGAUAAACUUACUAUUUUACGUAUGGCAGUGUCGCAUAUGAAGCAGAUCAGAGGUCCUCACACGGAUGAAACGUCCUAUAAACCAUCAUUUUUAUCUGAUCAAGAGUUAAAGCAUUUAAUCCUUGAGGCGGCUAAUGGAUUUUUGUUUGUUGUUUGUUGUCAAACAGGGAGAGUUCUAUACGUAGCUGAUUCUAUUCAACCUGUUCUCAAUUUAAAACAAGAAGAUUGGUUACAUCACAAUCUCAGCGAUUUGAUUCAUCCAGAUGAUCAAGACAAAAUUCGAGAUCAGUUAUGUGGUGGGGAAGUCGCCGUUAACAAAGUCUUAGAUCUCAAAACAGGUACCGUAAAACGAGAAGGAUCAUCAACAUCACGAGUACAUAUGAGUUGUCGUAGAGGGUUCAUUUGUCGGAUGAGGGUGGGAUCUUUAGAACCUUUACAUAGGAUACGUAACCGCAGACCAAUUUUCCAACACGGGGGACAUAAUUAUGUCGUUAUGCAUUGUACAGGGUACGUUAAAAAUACUCCUCCAUCCGGGUUGGAAGGAGCCACUUCCUCUUGUCUUGUAGCUAUUGCCCGUUUACAAGUUGCUUCCAUGCCCAUGUGCCCUGACCCCACUGCGUCUUCUCAAUUUUCUGUAAGAAUAGCGGAUGACGGAAAAAUGACAUUCAUUGACUCGCGAGCAACAAAUUUGCUGGGUCUCAGUGUCGAUCAAUUACUUGGUGGCUUCUGGUGGCAAUUAGCACAUCCUGCUGAUGAACAAACUUUACGAGAUGGUUUCAAUACUUUGAUGAGGGAUCAGCAAGUCAGACUAAAUGUGAGGAUUCGUACGAGCACAGAUUAUUUGCCAUGCUCUAUAUCAGCUUAUAAAUUUCUCAAUCCCUACUCCGAAGUUUUCGAGUACGUCGUUGCCACCCAUCAGAUUAUUAGCAGUGAAGACUCGACUUGGCAAGAAGGCGCUAUAUAUCCCCAAGCUACCUCAGAUUUUAAUCAUCCCCAAAACGAGUGGAGGCCUGAAGGGGCGCGAGACGCUUCUACAUGGCCACAAUGGGAUCAAACAUUUCCUCAUGUGUGA